GACUUGUUUUGCCACAGAGCUCCGAGAGAGAGAGAGAGAGAUGGAUUUCUGGCUGAUGGUCCUAUGUGCCCUCCUGGCAGCCAUCCUAGGGGGGCUCUACCUGGUAGGGGCAUUUCGUAAGCGGAGAGCCAAUGAGCCCCCCGUGGAUAAAGGCCUCAUUCCCUGGCUAGGGCAUGGCUUGAACUUCAGGAAUGACACUCUCAGUUUCCUCCAGCGGAUGCACAAGAAACACGGUGACGUUUUCACUGUAUUGAUCGCUGGACACUACUUCACCUUUCUGAUAGACCCACUGUCUUUUGGAGCCGUGGUGAAAGAAGGAAGAGCCAAGCUGGAUUUUAUUACCUUUGCCUCUGAACUUGUCAGUAAUGUGUUUGCCUUCCGGCCUUCUGAAAAGACCCAUAAGGUAAUAGAGACAUCUAGUGUCAAGCACCUUAAAGGAGAUGGGCUGGUGGUGAUGACACAAGCCAUGAUGGACAGCUUGCAGAAGGUGAUGCUUCACGACCUGGGCUCUGGAGAAAGCCCGAAGCCCUGGAAUCAAGAUGGGUUGUUCCACUUCUGCUAUAAUAUGGUCUUCAGGGCUGGAUAUUUCGCUUUGUAUGGAAACAAGCCUGGUAAGAGUGAGAAGGAGAAGGAAAGUGCCUUAAAGCAGGACCUCAAGGAGUCUGAAGAAAUCUUUAAGGAAUUCCGCAAGUAUGACCAGCUUUUUCCCCGCUUAUCCUAUUCAAUGUUGUCUUUUGGAGAAAAGAAAGAAGUUGAGAGUCUAUGGAGCUACUUCUGGAACAUCCUCUCGGUGAAGAAUGUCUACCAGAAAGACAACAUCAGUGGCUGGAUCAAUGACCAGCAGCAGCAGCUUGCUGAGACUGGCAUGCCCGAGCACAUGCGGGAUCGGUUUAUGUUUUUGCUUCUCUGGGCAGCUCAAGGCAACACGGGUCCGGCUUCCUUCUGGCUCCUUGCACACCUUCUAAAGAACCCCCAGGCCAUGGAGGAGGUGAGGAAAGAAGUGACCGCAGUGGUGAGAGAUUCUGGCCAGGAGCUGAAGCCGGGCAAUGAAGUGCUGAAUGUGACCCGGGAGAUGUUAGGCCAAACCCCAGUCUUGGACAGUGCCGUGAAAGAGGCCCUAAGGAUGGGAGCGGCUCCGAUGCUGAUCCGCGCUGUGCUGGAAGACAUGCAGCUCAAAAUGAAUGAUGGGAGGGCAUAUGCUUUGCGUAAAGGGGAUAAGGUUGCCAUUUUCCCCUAUUUGACCCAUAUGGACCCAGAAAUCCACCCUGAGCCCCUUGUUUUCAAGCACGACCGCUUCCUCACCACGGAUGGCAACAAAAAGGAAUUCUAUAAGAAUGGGGAAAAGGUGAAAUAUGCCACCAUGCCAUGGGGGGCAGGGGUCUCCAUAUGCCCGGGGCGUUUCUUUGCAGUCAAUGAGAUCAAGCUCUUUGCCUUCCUCAUGGUCACUUGUUUUGAGAUGGAGCUGGUGAACCCAGAAGACAAAAUUCCUCCAAUAGAUAAAAGGCGUUUUGGGUUUGGCGUCAUGCAGCCCACACAUGAUAUCCAGUUCAGGUAUCGGUUGCGCUACUGAGUGAUACAGAACACAAAUCAGGAGUCAGAGACCUGCCUGGUUUUGGACCCAAAUACCUUUGUAGGGACCUAACAUUUAAACAUCAAUUCUGUGUUUUUGUAAGCAGAAGAAAGCAUUUGGUUAGGCAGAAGAAAGUAAUGUUUCCUAGUACUGUAAGAUUGCAAAGCAGUCUUGUAUCACUUUAGAGACUGAGAAAACGAUGUUGGUAACAUAAGCUUGUAGACUAAGAAACCACCUACACUGUAGAAGUAUAGCACUUUGACCUAACAUUAACUGCUAGUGACUCAAUGUUAUGGAAUUGUGGGAGUUAUAGCUUUUGAGUUAUUUUUCUUUCUCUAUCAAAGUGGUGUGUUGCCACACCAAACUACACAUCCUCAGAGUCCCUAGGAUGGAGCUUUGAUAGUGUCAAACUACAUUUUUUUCAACAUUGUAUUUCAGUCAUUAAUUUCAUAUAUUCUCCUUGGUUUAUUUCGCAUUUGUUGGACAAGUUUUCUGCUUAUCGCAUAGGGUAAAAUGAAUGAUUAAUGGCAAACAAGAGUCACACAAGGACACUCAAUAAAUAUCACACUAGUAUGUAACAAAAUGUGAAAAAUGUUCUGUUCCUGGUUUGUAGUGUUAUUUUCUGCUUAAUUAUGUGUUACUCACUUGGAAGGUAGUUGUUCUACUCCAGAAACUUCAUUUUUGUGGCUGCUAUUUUAAGCGUUUCAAUGUGCCAUUUUUAACCUUUAGUACAGACCACAAAAACAAAGUUUUUGCAAUUUAAUAAACUUUUCCCAUGUGUUUAUGAGACAACCAGUUAGGAAAUGGCAUUUAUAACCCAGGAACAAAAAUUGUGUUACAUGUUGUUACUACUUAGAAGGGAUUUUAAAUGUCAAGGUUAAGCUGUUAGUUCGUUUUUUCAAAGAUCUCCCUGCAACCAGCUCAGAGUGUAGUUGCCUUAUUUGAAAGGGGGUGGGGGUGGGACCCGGACAGUGUGGUCUUUUCUGGGGGCAAAACCUGACCUUUUAUACAUAUACAACAGUAGAAAUGUAUACAGAAGUUUCUAUAACUGACUUGAAUGUUUGAGUUUGUUUCCAAGGUGCUUAAAGAUCCCUUUGCAUCCUGAUAUUCCAGCUACAUCUUUGAAUUGUAUGACAGUAAGGUUUGACAUAUAUUGAGAUUAUUGUAAUUCCAACUGUUAUUAUUGUAUUGCUCAGUUUUAUUUUAGUGCUGCUAUGACAUGAAGUUAGAGGGUGCUUCAUUUUUCCCCUCCUCCUCUUUACAUUUAGGUUGCUU